AUGUCGGGCGCCAGUGCUAGUCCCCAGUACCAGAACAUUCUCAACGACCUCAACAGGGACGUCGCUAGGCAGCAACCAUCCGACCUUCUGCAGUUCUGCGCAGACUGGUUUCAGGACAAGCUGCGUGACGAGCGCACAUCCUCGAACCCAGGCGAGGUAGUCAACUUUGCCAAGGGCCCUGGAGAGACUUCUCCGCGUUCCGAACUCCUCGACCCUACUGACCGCGGAUCUAACCGUGGUAUUGGUGCUGCUGCCAUGGGAGGUGCUGCACUCGGAGGGGGAGCGGCGGCUGCUGGUUUGUUUGCAUCGUCAUUCGGCGGCCACGAUGUGCCGGACAGGGCCGCGAAUGACUCAUCGCCGUUCGGGGAGCCAACGGACAAGAACUUUAAUAGCAACUCGCCAUUCGGCCCCAGCGCGCAGACCCCGUCGGCGCCUGUGGGCGUUCCUCGUCCCCCUUCCCCUGAGGACGAGGAUGAAGAGGAGGACAGCGAUGACGAGGCUCCUCCCAUUCCGCAGUACGCUCUCGGCCGUCGUACCUCGGUGUCUGCCGAGUCACUGCAGCCGUCGCACCAUUCGAAGAAGUAUGACCCCGGAGCAAACGCAUUCAUCGAGGAGGAGGACGAGGAUGACGAGUCAAGCGGAAACGCCAUACCGACCUUCCCCAAGACUCCGGAGCAAAUUGAGCGGAUCCGUUUCGCCAUCAAGGACAAUUUCCUGUUCAAGAACCUCGAUGAGGAGCAGGAGAUGGACGUGCUCACAGCCAUGCGCGAGGUCACCAUUCCCCCGAAAGAGACGAUCAUCCAACAGGGUGAUGCGGGUGACUACUUCUACAUUGUCGAGGACGGUGAACUUGAGGUCUUUGUCAAGAGGGACGGCCAGCCCAUCGACUUUGCUGCUGGCGACUCUGAGGCACUCGGCAAGCGUGUGGUCGUCUACCACGAGGGCGCUUCUUUCGGUGAACUCGCUUUGAUGCACAACGCUCCUCGUGCGGCGACCAUCGUCUCCACGACGCCUUGCACUCUGUGGGCCCUUGACCGUGUCUCGUUCCGCACCAUUCUUUUAGACCACACCUCUCGCAGGCGCCGCGAAUACGAGGCAUUCCUCGCUGCUGUGCCCAUUCUGGCGUCGCUCAAGCCCGGGGAGCGCGCAAAGAUCGCCGACGUGCUCGAGUCUCGCUCGUUCGAUGCUGGACAAGACAUCAUCCGCCACGGCGAGAUGGGUGACGAGUUCUUCCUGAUCGAGAGCGGUACCGCUGAGGCCAUCAAGCUCAUUGAUGGCGUUGAGACCGUCGUCAAGAAGAUGAGCAAGGGAGACUACUUCGGUGAGCUUGCCCUCCUCAACCGCCAAACCCGAGCCGCGACAGUUCGUGCGUCUGAGAAGAUUCGGGUCGCGGCUCUGGGAGAGCAGGCGUUUACACGUCUCCUUGGUCCUGCCAAGGACAUUAUGGCGCGCACGGCUGGCGAGCGAUACGGCUGGUAA